AUGGCCGCGUCCCUCAAGUCAGCCCCCGCCAUGACCGUUUUCCGGGGCUUCCCCGAAAAGGGCUGCUACACCUGGUCACCAUUUGUCACUAAGCUCGAGGCCCGCUUGCGCUUUGGCAAUAUCAGCUACAACGUUGACGCAGGCUCACCCCCGAAAGGCCCUAGGGGCAAGGUGCCCUACAUCACACUCGAGCACGAGGGGCAGUCUCAAUCUGUCUCCGACUCCACCCUAAUCGCAAAGUCAUUCAUUGAGUCUGGAUACCUGGAGGAUCUCAAUCGUGGACUUUCCCCCGUGGAGAAAGCCCAGGAUCUUUCCCUCAAGGCCCUACUAGAGGAUAAGCUCUAUUUCUACCAGGGCCACGAGCGGUGGGUGGUAAACUAUUACGCCAUGCGCUCCAAGAUCCUGGCCAGCAUCCCCUGGCCUGUACAGGUGAUUGUCGGCAACAUAAUCUACAAUAAGAACGUCCGUAACUUGCAGGGUCAAGGAACCGGCGUCUUUUCGGGCGAGGAGAUCGCCGCAUUCCGGCAGGAAAUCUGGGAAUCUGUUGACGGGUUGGUAUCGGCUGCGUAUGCUCAGCAUCGGGAUUGGGAGGGGCCGUUCUGGGUGUGGGGAGGUGAUGCACCCACUGAGGCCGAUGCAGUGCUGUUUGGCUUUGUGGUGUCGGGUUUGGUCUGUGGAGCGGCUCCGGAAACCAAGCAGAUUGUGAAAAGUUACCCAGCGCUGGUGGAGUAUGCUCGGAGGAUUCAUGACAAGUAUUUCCCGGAUUAUCAGCUUUGGGAGUAA